CCUGGAGAGUCAAUGCGUACGGGAUACAUUUUUUUAAAAAUUCAUUCGCUGGAUCAGCCCGAUGCAGCGGUGGUAGGGUCAUGGUAAUGGUAGAGUAGGAGUCACCGUCAGUGACGUCAGAGACCUAAAUUUUGAAGGUUAAAAAUUUGACAGAACCGCAAACUUCUCCAAUCGAGAGCGAUCGAGGCAGUUUACGCAACGUGCGUUCGAUAAUUUAUUUAUGGAUAACUGAGCUUUUUUUGCACGUGUAUAAAACAGCAUUAAUAUCAUCAGUUCAAGACUUUCUUGAAUUCCGCAUACUUCACUCUGGUGAGCUAAGGUUAGGGAGGAGCCAUUUCACAAUAAAAUGGCAGCAGGAACAACAUUACAGAAAGCCAUAGACCUGGUUACCAAGGCCACCGAGGAAGAUCGGAACAAAAACUAUGAAGAGGCUCUGAAGCACUAUGAACACGGCGUUGAAUACUUUCUUCAUUCAAUCAAAUAUGAGGCUCAGGGAGAACGAGCCAAGGAAAGCAUUAGGACAAAGUGUUUACAAUACCUGGACCGAGCUGAGAAGCUGAAGGAAUAUCUAAAGAAGGGAAAAAAGAAACCGGUCAAAGAUGGAGAGAGUAAUUCUAAAAGUGAUGAUAAAAAGGGUGACAGUGGGGAUAGCGACAGUGACAGCGAUCCAGAAAAAAAGAAAUUACAAAGCAAAUUGGAAGGGGCAAUAGUAAUUGAGAAACCACAAGUAAAGUGGAGUGAUGUCGCAGGGUUGGACCUUGCUAAGGAAGCUCUAAAAGAGGCUGUUAUCUUGCCCAUUCGUUUCCCUCAUCUGUUUACUGGGAAACGUAUCCCAUGGAAAGGCAUUCUGCUCUUUGGCCCUCCUGGUACUGGUAAAUCGUAUCUAGCAAAAGCAGUAGCAACUGAAGCAAACAACUCCACUUUCUUGUCUGUAUCUUCAUCAGACCUGGUCAGUAAGUGGCUCGGAGAAUCUGAGAAGCUAGUGAAGAAUCUAUUCGAAUUGGCACGCCAACGCAAGCCUAGUAUAAUAUUUAUUGAUGAGGUAGAUUCUCUCUGCUCCUCACGAUCAGACAACGAAUCUGAAUCUGCUCGCAGAAUAAAAACCGAAUUUCUAGUUCAAAUGCAAGGUGUUGGGACUGACAACGAGGGAAUUCUUGUUCUCGGUGCAACCAAUAUACCCUGGGUAUUGGACUCUGCAAUCAGAAGACGUUUUGAGAAGCGAAUUUAUAUUCCCCUUCCAGAAGAGCAUGCUCGUAUGGUUAUGUUCAAACUUCACCUUGGUAAUACCGCUCACGUCCUGUCCGAGGAUGAUUUUAAGAAAUUAGCAGCCGCAACUGAUGGCUACUCGGGAGCUGACAUAAGCAUUAUUGUUCGUGACGCACUUAUGCAGCCUGUGAGGCAAGUUCAAACGGCCACCCAUUUCAAAAAAGUGCGCGGACCUUCUCCGAAAGAUCCAACAAUAAUUGUCGAUGACCUUCUCACCCCUUGCUCUCCGGGCUCACCUGGUGCCAUCGAAAUGACCUGGAUGGAAGUUGAGGGAGAUAAACUCUUCGAACCUCCAGUCACUAUGAAAGACAUGAUGAAGUCACUGGCUACCACACGUCCGACAGUUAAUGAGGAUGAUAUGGCAAAGCUGGAGAAGUUUAAGGAAGAUUUCGGCCAAGAAGGCUGAAGCAAUCUACAAUCCAGUUACAAAAGAAUUUCACCCACAAUUAAGACAUACACAAAGUUAUACACGCUUGCCUUAUUCCGAAUUAGGAUGAAACACAGAUUUAGCGUUUGUAUGAAAAAAAAGCAAGAAAAUGAAAAAUAGCUUCACCAGAUUUUCUUUCAAGUCCUUGUAAGAUACUCGACAUAUUUCUUUUGCUGUCGAUGAUAUACAAUUGAAUUAAAAUUAUAUAAAUUACCAACGAUAAGCAUGAAUGGCACCAGUCCUUGGGCGUAAUUUUACAUGUAAUUAUAAUGUAUAAAUAUUAAAUAUACAACAUUAUCUAUCUGCGAAAAUAUUAUAAUUACGUUUGACAGAAAUAAAUAAAAAUAAAUGAAUAAUAAGUCAUGUCUACGGUCGCAGCAAAAUAAUCUGCAAUUUUACGAACAGAGUAGCUGCACUUACAUGAAAUUUACUCUUGGCAUUGCUAAUCAGUCAAUUGCUUUUUUCACCCUCGGUUUCCACGUAGCUAAGAAUCCCUAGAUGUAUUUCUUACAAAGUUAUGAUCAUUGAUUAUUAAAUAAUAUUUUUCUACUUCCUUACAAUUUUUUACGUUAAUGCAAUUAAUAUCGAGAUGAUCUUUUAAGAUAUAUACGGAAGGUGUACAUUACUGUGUACUCACCGGCAAUGAAUAAGAAAUAAAAUAGGCUCGAGGUACUCACAAAAUUGCAAAAUAAAACAUCCGAACAGGUUUUCAUCCAUACGUGAUGUAUAUCAAUGUGUUAAUAAUAAGUAUAAUUAGUACUUGUACUAUGUAAAUUGUGUUUUUAUUGUUAACUAAAUAAAUAACAAGUUAUUAUAAUGUAUUUGAAUUAGACAGUUCACAGUUGCAUUUCAAUAAACGCCUGAAUUGUAAAAAUAUCACAAAAUGAGAAGUCCGGAUUUAGCCGAAAAGGAUCGUAUACUUUUAAAGGAUUCGAAACCAAGUUGUGCAACAGCAAUUCUAAUGACAUCACAAAAAAUUCACACUCCCUUCCUCGGCAAGCUCAAUAAACAUCGAUUUUUCAUUACUUAUAUUGAGUUUGGUACCGCCCAACUGCAUCUCGCAAUAAAUACGUAUCUAAGCUUCAUUAUCUG